AUGUGGCCAGCGGUGCAGAAGACAGUGCUUCGGGAGACGACCAAGCUGGCGCGCGGCCCCAUCGCGACGUUCGCCUCGGCCACCACGUUUGCGGUCGAGAACCCGUACACGCUCGAGCCCGUGGCGCAUGUGACGGAAGCAUCUUCGUCCAGCGUCCUCGACACGAUCGAUCGCGUCAAGAAAGCGCAGCGCUACUGGGCGUCGACGACCCUCGCGCAGCGCCAAGCGAUCGCGACCAAGUGGGUCGACGUCCUCAAUGACCAAGUCGACGAGAUUGCGACCGAGAUCACACUUCAAAUGGGCAAGCCGCUGGCGCAGGCCAAAGGCGAAGUCCGGGGCACGAUUCAGCGGGCCAAGGUCAUGAUUGAACUCGCGGAGAAGGCGCUGGCGCCGACGACGUUUCCGCAGGACGACGCUACCACGCUCUUUCGCUGCAUCACCAAGGAGCCUGUCGGCGUCGUCUUUGUCAUUGCGCCAUGGAACUACCCGAUGAUGACGGUCGUCAACUCGGUGCUGCCCGCGCUCCUCGCCGGCAACGGCGUGCUCCUCAAGCACUCGCCGCAGACGCCGCUCUGCGGCAGCCGCUUCCAAGCCACCUUGGAGGCCGCGGGGUUCCCCAGCGACCUCCUCCGCGCCGAGCAAAUGGCCCACAGCACGGCCGCGACGGCCAUUGCGCACCCCGAUGUCCAGUUUGUCUCGUUCACAGGCUCGGUGCGCGGGGGCCGCGAGGUCUUUCGAACGAUCGCGGACAAGCACCGGUUCCUUGGUUCGACGCUCGAGCUCGGCGGCAAGGACGCCUUGUACAUUGCCGCAGACGCCGACGUGGCCGCCGCCGCGGCCGGCGCGAUCGAUGGCGCGUGCUACAACGCCGGCCAGUCGUGCUGCGCCGUCGAGCGCGUCUACGUGCAUACAUCCCUCUACGACGAGUUCCUCGCUCUCGCCACGAGCCACUUUGAUGCGUACGAGAUGGGCGAUCCGCUGCACAAGACGACGACGCUCGGGCCCAUGGCGCUCAAGGGAUCGUCGACUGCUACGUUGGCGCAGCACGUGGCCGAUGCAGUUGCAAAGGGUGGGCGGGUGCUCACCAAGACGGCUGCACCUCGUGAAGUGCAGGACGCUUCGGGGCACGGUCGCUUCUUCCCGCCGACGCUCGUGGCCGACUGCACGCAUGCCAUGCGCCUCAUGGUCGACGAGUCGUUUGGGCCGAUCUUGGGCGUCAUGCGUGUUGCCUCGGACGACGAAGCCAUCCGGUGCAUGAACGACAGUGCGUAUGGCCUCACGGGCGGGGUCUUUACGACCAGCCACGAGCGCGCGAUGGCCAUCGGUCGCCAGCUCGACGUCGGCACUGUCUACAUGAACCGGUGCGAUGCGGUCGACCCGCACCUGCCGUGGACCGGCGUCAAGGAUACGGGCAAGGGCCACAGCCUCUCGGAGCACGGCUUCGAGGCUGUCACCCGCUUGAAAUCAUGGAACAUGAAGCUUGCGUGA